GGGAUAUAUAGGAUGGGUGACGUCGUUGCAUGUUUGGUUGAGGAAUGAACCGAGAGAUCGCGCAAGCAUCGUCUUUUGGCUGUCAGCUCCAAGCGAGUGGCAGAGCUCAGUCGACGUUCAGUUCGGCUCAGCGAGGCCAGCAAAGAAGAAAGGGGAUUCCUUAAUGCGUGUGUCCGUGUGUGAGUACAGUAUUGUCCCACUCAGGACCUUUACUACUCGACCCCUCGUAACAUUAUUGUCUUGCUGAGAAACUACCUGCUUUUGGAUACGUGGAAAAAAAAAAUUAAGGUCCAUUCCUCGGAUCCCUUCUUUCUCUUUGAAACCCACGGUGUAGAAAAAAAUUUUUUUUUUUCAAUUGACAGGCCUAGAACCGCAUGGCCUUUCGAGAAACUAGUGACUUUAUUAAAGUGAGGGUGAAAUUAUGAUGAUUGUGAUCUUGGAGAAGAGGAAUGGGUACAGGUGACUUUAAGUGUAUUUUGUUUUUUGAAAUUAGGUUUGUAGAUUGCCAAGUGUCAAUGUGUGACGUCAUUGGAUUUAGCUGAAAUAAAUUUUUGUGAUAAUAAACGUUCAAGUUGUUGGUGGUUUUUGAGAUUGAAGAGCAGCAUAUUAAAGUGUAUUGUGUACUUUGCUUUUUUGUUUCAAUCCGACCUGCGAUAACAUCAACCUGGACCAUUAAAAAAAAUAUUUCGCACGUGACUAUUGGACCCGGUGCUGGCUGAAUUUUUACCAUUUGUGAUCUUGCUCCGCCGGACUUGCCUUUGGCGCUCUUACUCGUUACUUGUCCGCCGACUCGCCGUGCAUCACCCCUCCACCUGUCUGUCGUCCCCUACCCACUUUCAUCCCGUGACUCCCUCUCGCUGUCCUAUCCCCACCUGCCUUUUACACGCGCUUCCUUUAUUUACUAUUCGCCACCCUGUCAAACAACACGACGACGACGAUGACGACGACGACGACGAACUCCUGGUGAACGUCGAAUCGACUCACCUGCUGUUUGACAACAAUUCUCUAAAUUCGGUAUUGUCUUCAAUCGGUAUUGCGGACAUCGUUAUAAUACCGGAAAUUCACGGCCACUAUUUGCACCAUCUCCGAUCACGUGGCUUGCUCAACGGCGACGCUGUACGACAAUGUGCACGCCGCGCCGCUGUGCGGCUCCGGCGUGGGCCACCCUGGCUCCGUCACGCCGAUGGGGACAGCCACCGGAACGGGGAAUUCCUCCGGGUUGACCUGGUGGGCAAUGAUGCCCGGCACCCCCUACGAAGACAGUCCGCCACCUGUAGCCCCGACCUCGGCCCUCGCCUCGAUCCAGCAGAACUCGUCGGUAGGCUCGCACCAGCAGGCCCCGACACCAACUUCGCCAGGAGCACCAGCAUCGGCAGCGACAGCACCGCCAGUGCCCACGGCGAGCGCGAGUUCGACCUCGCCGAGCGCCUCCUCGGUCGCGAGCAACAGUGCAGCGGGCCCUCUUCACAUACCCGCGAAAAGGCUAACCGCAACUCCAGUGGGCUCAACCUACGGGGACGUGACUUGUGUCGAGCCCUCAGGAACGCCUGUAGGAGCAGGAGUGAUACGCCACUCGCACUCCUCGUCAGCCGGCUCCCAAGGCGGCUGGAGCUACAGUCCCCAUCACCCCCAGGACACCCACUACACCUCCUCAGCUGGUGCCGAAUCUCUAAAUCAUCACCAGGCGUACGGAGGCGCUAAUCCUCCCACCUACUACAACCUGGCAGCGGAUCCAUCCUCAACCUCCGGCUCCUCCAGGGACAACCGGAAGAGCAGCUCCGUUGGCUUCUGGUCGCCAGCGGCCACGUCAAUUGCCGGCUCUACCUCCGACUACAAGUCCUAUAAUUCGGGCGGCGUUGCAACGACAACCCCAUCGACCGGAGGCUCGUCCUCCGGUGCAGUCGGCACCACGGAUCCCACAGUGUCCUGUCAUCAGAGCUUCUCACAAAGUUGGUGCAACUACAGUCCCUAUACAACCGCAAGGCACCAUCAUCCCGUUGAUUCACUGGGCCACCAUCAUGCCCACUCGCAGGCCAGCGUUUCCUACCUUACACCAUCGGCUGCAGACGACCGGGGAAGGAUGGCUGCUGCAGCAAUGGUCGCCGAGACAUUUCCCCAUGACGGCUACAAUCCAAUCAGAAACUACGGCUCCGCCGAACCUGUCUCAUCCAGUCCUUACCCACCAUCAGUGGUAUGGGGUUCCUCCCCGCCCACCCUGUUUUCCGCAGGUACGUUGAGCGUCGGAGUGUCGGGAAUGUCAGUUGGAUGUGGUGCACCAGGCGUAUUGGAAUGGACCGGUCAACCGACAGUGCGCAAGAAACGCAAGCCCUACACAAAAUUUCAAACACUCGAAUUAGAAAAGGAAUUUCUCUACAAUGCCUAUGUGUCGAAGCAAAAACGUUGGGAAUUGGCGCGUAAUUUAAAUCUCACCGAGCGACAAGUGAAAAUAUGGUUUCAAAAUCGACGUAUGAAAAAUAAAAAAAAUAGUCAACGACAAACGCAACAGCAAAACAAUAAUAACAAUAGUAGCGCAAAUAAUCAGAAUCAUCAUGGUGCAGCGACAAGUCAUCAUCAUUCGAGUAGUGCGCACACACCAUCGAGUCAUCAUGUUGUUGGACAGGCGCACCACGCAAACGGUCCAGUGAAGCAUCAUCAGUGACCCUUGGCCUUCUCUGGGGUCGUUCUUGGCCACCAUCCCCAUAGCCAUAACACGUCCAUUCAUGGGGGCAGCCAUAGUUUGAUCGCAAGUCACAGCCAUAAUCUUCACACUCCACAACAGACGACAUCAUCACUACCCCAUACAUCAUCACACGUUGGACAAUCCUCGCACCAGUUGACUUCUCAUUUGGCUCAGCACCAUCCUGCUCUUCUUCACCAAUCCCCUCAUGGCCUGGCCGCCUGAAUUCUCAAAAAGUGGCCUGAGACUGAUGAUUGACUGCGGUCAUUGACCCCCCCAGAGAGAGAGACUUGUUUUGUCACAGCAGCUCAAAUUAAAGACUCUUGCCUCUCCGAUUUUUAAUUCACCCCUUCUUUACCCCCAUUUUAUCCAUUCUGCUCUGUAACCUCCGAGAAACAGUGUAGUAAGUAGUACAACUAAUUAUUGAACAAAAAAUUAUGUAUAGGGAGUGUGUGCGCAAAAGUCUUAAUUGGUCAAAAUUGACCCCAAAAAAAAAGGACGUGUCGAGUUGUGUCAAAAAUAAAAGCAGUGCAAUGCGCGACACCUCCAAGCAAUCUGUCCAACCCGUAACACGAUAGUAUUCCUCCAUGCAUGUAAAAUUAAACAAAAAAACAUAAUUAGUGUCACUUAGUGUUUCCUAACCCUCUAUUACUUUUUUGGACUCACAUAGUCGGUUCGAAAAAAAAGGCUGGCAGAUCUUUUUAGGGCGAAAAAUUUCCUAAAGUUGGUAGUGCUCUCUUAGUAUACUCUUGGUACCCAAAUCCGAUAUUCGGAAUUCGGACUACAAUCUAAAUCGAUUAUAUUAGUAAAUAAUCAACUAUUUAUCGUUACUAUUUUCGAUUACUCUAAACAAAAGAUGCAAAACACAAAAACCAAGAUGUAAACUUUAUGGAGCACGAUUUAGUUAGCUUAAAAUUAUUAAGAUUGCGUGAACGGUGCAUUAUUUGUUAAGUUGCGACUAAUUUUCCCUCCAAACGAAAAUUUUUGUACGGUCCACUUUGGAAAGCCAAAUCAAAAAAAAGUUGCACCCAAAGUUUAUAAGUGUUUUAUACGUAAGUGUUUUUUAUCUUUGAUUGAAAAUCAAAGAGUAUUUUUGUUUAUUUUUUUUUUUUUGAAUAAAGAAUGUUUUUUGACCACACUUUAGGAAAUUUGCUCCAAAGAGGAAGAUUUAUAGUAAAAUAAAACUGAUCCAGCCUUUUGUUUAUUAUAAUAGAAAUUUAAUGAUUAUAAAGAAAGCGAAAUACAAUUUAAAAUGAAAAGAAAAAUUAGAAAUUUUGAAAAAAGUGAAAAGUUAGCUUCUUAAGAAGACAUAAGAAAAAAAAACAUCGUAAUCGUCGCCUAAAAAAAGAAUCGCAAUUACUGUAGUACCUAUAUGAUUCUUAAUUGUAUUGUAAAGAAGAAGAAGAAGAAAUAAAUAAAUUUAGAUUAAAUGUACCUACAGUCAGCGGAAUGUGCGGAAACUUUGAGCCGAAUUGUAGAAUUUCGGAACUUGGACAUGUAGCACCUUAGGGAAAUUUUCAAAGCUCCUCUUUUUAAUUGUGAUUCCUGAUUAGUACUUAAGGAGUACGUUUAUAAUUGUCGUACUCGAAUGAAUAACGGAAUCUGUUCAGUUCAAAUUUCACUAAUUUCAUUAAUUUUACUAAUUUUACUAACUUUACUUUUAGUCAAAUUUGAGUUUUAGUUGAAACUAAUUUGGUAAAAUUAGUAAAAUUUUAUAAUUUAGUAAUUUAACAUUAAUCGCCACGCUCGAUCCGCUCGAUCGGUGAGUAAUUUUCCAGAACAUCCUAAGGGUCGAUUGUAUAAUUUCAUUUCUACUUUGACUUUCAUUUUCACUCUCAUUUUUGCUUUCACUUUGACAGCUUUUUAUUUUCACUUUCAUUUGUCCUUUCACUUUAAAGAAUGUUUAUUUUUUGCUUUUAUUUUCAG